CUGGGUGUGUGGGUACGGCGCUGCCCAUUGGUAUCUUGUGUUCUGGGCACAGGAGGCAAGACUAGUGCUUCAUGUGUCCUCUGUGAUCAGUCUGCAUGACAGGUGUGGAGAAUUCACCACUCUACCACUACCUGCAGGAUUUGGGACACUCAGAUUUUGAAAUAUGUCCGAAUGUGCCACAGGAAGAUGUGAGCCCAUCAGAGAAUGGAUGUCGAGAAUGGGAUGCCCACAGCAAAGCAACAGUGAGUCAAAGCAUUUACUCAAAAUCAGUUGAAAUUUUCAAACACUGGAGUUCAUUUUAUUCGGAAAAGAAAAAGGAUGAAAAAAUUCACUUGUUGGAUAUUGGGUUCCGACUUGAUAGCCUGUGCACAAUUCUGCAGCAGGAAGUCCUGAUACAGGAGGAUGUGGAGCUGAUUGAACUACUUGACCCAGGGAUCCUGUCUGCUGGCCAGACCCAGAACCAACAGAAGAGACACCUACCUACACUGCGUUCCCUAGCAACACCUAAUAUUUGGGAGACAUCUGUAUUGAUUGCCUUCAUCAGUGCUUUGGCUGCAUUGCAAUCAUGGCACAUUUCUUCCACGCUUAUUUGGGGCCCGUGCCUUUUCCUCUUUGCCAUCUGUGUGCUCUUUCGAGUUGUGAGGACAUGGCGAGCGGCCAGACUGCAGAUCACCCUUAGAAAAUAUCGAGCCCAGCUGGAGGGGACUGUUGCCAACAGCCGAGCAUUUACUAAUUUAGUGAGAAAAGCCCUACGCUUGAUUCAGGAAACAGAGGUCAUUUCCCGAGGAUUCACUCUUUUGCUUGACAGGGUCAGUGCUGCUUGCCCGUAUGAUAAAGCUGCACAGCACGCCAGUCAGCACCUCCUCGGCCUACGCAAAGCAGUCUACAGGACGGUUAGAACCAACUUCAGAGUGUCAAGACUUGCCACACUUUACAUGUUGAAAAAUUAUCCUUUAAACUCUGAAAUUGACAACGUGACCAAUUAUAUCUGCGUUGUUCCUUUGAAAGACUUGGGCCUUGGAUUAAGUGAGGAGCAGGUGUCUGAGGAGGAAGCCCAUAAUGUAACAGAUGGCUUCAGCCUCCCUGCUUUGAAGGUUAUGUUUCAGCUCUGGAUAGGACAGAGUUCUGAGUUCUUUCGCCGAUUAGCUUUGCUGCUUUCUACUGAGAACGAAUCUCAAUCUCCUGUGAUUACCACAGAACUCCUUCCUCAUUACAUUUGGUCUGAUGUGGCUCAAGAUCUACCUCACACUCAAGCUGACUGUUUGACUGAGCUUAAGCGGAGCUAUGAGUUUUACCGCUACUUUGAAACAAAACACCAGACCGGCACAGACCGUGCAACCAAGAGAAAGAGAGAGACUGGGGAGCUGACCAACCUCCAUGGAGCUGUUCGCAGUCUGCAGCUACAUCUGAAGGCCCUGCUUAAUGAGGUGAUUAUUCUUGAGGACGAGUUGGAAAAACUUACCUGCUCUAAGGAGAUUCAAACAAUGCCAGUGGAAGCUUCCCUCAUACUUGAAGAAAAACUAAAGAUGAUACAGCCCCAUGUGCAGGCCAGCAACACCUGCUGGGAAGAGGCAUUGUGCCAAGUGGAAAGAAUGAUCAAACGGCCGCCAACAAAGAAAGAUAUUCCAAACUCGGCGUGUGAAAAUUCCCAUUGUCCUGUGAUGCCUAUCGUGGUUCCUUCAUUAUGUAUUGAAGACAAGGAUCCAGUCCCUGAAGAACAGGAGUUGGAGGCCUAUGUUGAAGACCUUGUUAUAGACAACGAGUUUAAUAGAGAAGACGUUUACUUUUUUUCUCCAGAAGAGAGAGAGAGACAAAAACGUGAAAGGGAAGAGUCAAAAAGAGUACUGCAAGAGCUAAAGGCUGUCUUAAGUUUAAAGGCAUCUGAGGCCGAAAGACAGAAAUGGAAACAGUUGCUGUUUAGUGAACACGCUGUAAUUAAACCCUUGACAUCUGAUGUGUCAGUUGAUAAAUUUGAAGCAGAUAAACCAGUUGGUGACGUACUAGACACUUGUGAAGAAAGCUCAAGGGAAAUCAAUGGAAAUGGACACUUUCCUCAAGAGAACAAUGACCUAAAUAGUGAUAGUCUAGAUGCAAGUAUUCUGCCAGAUGAAAUUAAACCAGCUAAUACUGAGGAAGAGGUGGAAUGUCCCCGUCCGGCACCUAGGACUGUGUUACCGCCCUCCAUAAAAGAGAGGCUUGCUCGCAUCCAUCAAUCUUCAGAUUUGAAGUUUGCUUCUGGAUUGGCGGCACAAGUGGCUGCCCGAUCUCUUACCUUCACUUUCCUGCAGGAGCAGACUUUUGGGGAUGAAUGGGACAAUGAUGAUGACAAUUUUAACAAUGGGGAUCAUCACUGUGAAGAAGUAGCAGAUGAUGAUACCUACUCAGAACAUGAAGAAUAAUAUUGGGUUAUCUGGUUUUACAAAAGCAUCUUGUUCAACAAAAAACUAGAUUAUAAGGUCCCUUUAUAAUGACUUUAUAACUUAUAGACAUGGUAACUUAACAUCCUAGUUACCUGGAAGGCCUGUAACCUACAAUUCUGCAGUGUUUCAAUGAAGCACAUUUGUGUUAAAUGCUCUAUAGUGUCUUACAGUCUCCUAGUCCAUAUGACAGAUAUUCAGUGCAAUGCAAAAGCCUCCUGGAGCAAUGAGUCUAAUGUUCUUGACUGGUCUAUGAGCAACAAUUUCUGACUUGUACAAAAAUCAAUGCACCUGCUAAAUACUUUUUUGGAAUUAUUUUAAUAUUUAAUGUUAUUUAUUGAAAUUAUUUUUGUUUUAGAAUGUUAAGCUGACAUCCUCUUCUCUGUUGUCUUGUUUUCUACCAAAAGACAAACUUAUCCUGUGUGUUAGAAAUAUAGACAAAUGUUCAUCUUGUCUGUUCCUGACCAGUAUGUACUGGCUAAUGAUGUUGUUCAUUUGUAACUAUAUUUCUGGGGCAAAAUGUUAUACUUACCUAAGCUUAGGAUGUAAUUUUUUAAAUAAAAAAAAAUUAAAUAAUGAAAAAAGAA